UCUUAAAUAUAAACUAUAAAGUAAGAAGAAGGAAAGAUGGUCCGUCCAACUACACCGCAACCUCCGACGAACGUUUCUGUAACGCCGAAGCAAUUAGCUUCAGGAAUCGCUGAUUCGGUCAUUACUCUCAUCUCUCUUUGCGGUAGUAAAGCGAAGAAGCAAUUGAGUUUAGUUACGAAGAAGCUUCAAGUCGGAACUGGACGUUUGAUUGCUUCUCCUUCGCCGAUUGCGCGAUCGAAGGUUAUGAUUGCUUCGAUUAGCAAUAAGAUGAUUCAGUUGAAAUUGAAAAGGAAGAAGAGAUCUGGUAAGGGAGAAGAUGGAUUGGAUGGAGGAUUGUGGCGUAGGACUAUAUUGAUGGGAGAUAAAUGUCAGCCGUUGGAUUUCUCUGGUGUGAUUUAUUAUGAUUCUGAUGGAAAAGCACUGUCGGAGAUACCGUUUAGGUCUCCUAGGGCAACUCCGAUGUCGAAUCAUGCUUUGGUUCCUGCUAAAUGAGAUUCUCGUGUUCAAGUUCAGGUUCGAGUUUGAGUUUGAGUUCGAGUUUCGAUGUAGUAAAGUAAAAGGUGAUUGAUCUGUUCGUCUCCUGUAUAGGUAUCAGAGAAUUUGAGAUGAAACUUAAUUAGUUUCUUUUGAUCUUCUUCUACUUUUUUUUUUUUUGAUCUUCUUCUUCUUUUACUGUGUGCUGUUGUACUUCAGCCGAUUUGAAGAAGUAAUAACUUCAAUUUCUGGAUUGAUUUGAGAAGAAAUCAAUGGUGGUUAUCAAA